AUGGCUUACAACCUCAUUUACCCUCCUAACACUGACAACGACGACAACGACGACAUCAUCAAUACCGAUUCGGUCAACCACGAGGUCAAAGAUCAAUCUACAUUGCACUCUUCUUUAAAACCUCAGAAAUCAUCCAAGCUGGCUAAUAAUAGCUGCUGUGGCGGAAUGGGCGGAGAAACAAGAGCAAUGAGCGGUUCUAGCUACCCUGUGCUGGCUACCCAGCCUAAGGGCCAGCAGAUCCGGGAUAUUUACCGUGAUCGAUUGCGACAGUUUACCAGCGGUGGACAAUACCAGGGCCAGAGUCUACCUGAUAUGUACGAUUCGGACCGCGAGGAUGGUCACGAUUAUGUCCAACUCGAAGUCUGGUCCGUCCCGGGCAUGGAUCGACCGGCCUUCAAGCAAGCUACCAACGCCACGUAUCGUCCGUGCAAGAAAGGAGAAUGGUUCGGUCCUUCCUGGUCUACUCACUGGUUCCGUAUCCAUAUCACUGUCCCAGACCGUAUGAAAGAUAAAGAGAACAUUGAAUUCCGCUGGGAUGCCGAUUGCGAAUCAAUGGUUUGGUCUGCGGACGGCGUCCCCUUACAGGGUCUCACCGGCAGUGGCGAACGUACCAAGUGGCUUAUUCCAAAGAACUGGGCUGACGGCCAAAAGCACCUGUUCUAUGUUGAAUUGGCUUGUAAUAAAAUGUUUGGAAAUACCAAUGGUAUUCAACCACCAAAUAUGAACGCGUACUUCAACCUUCACGAGGCGGAUAUCGUUGUCCCCAACACGGAGGCUCUUGCGUUGUAUUAUGACUUCUGGAUGAUCGGGGAUGCAGCUAGGGAGUUCCCCGAUGGGUCCCCGGAAGCGCAUGAAGCGUUGCAGAUUGCCAAUCGGAUCAUGAAUUGCUUUGUUCUAGGGGAGCAGAGCAGUAUUACCAAGGGACGGGAUAUCGCGGCUGAGUAUCUGGGGAAGUUGAGGGAUUCGCACAAGGUCUAUGAAACUGAUAAGAAGCCCGUUGUUUUUGCGACAGGCCAUUGUCAUAUUGAUACAUGCUGGCUUUGGCCAUGGGAUGAGACAAAGAGAAAGGUGGCUAGAAGCUGGAGUAGUCAGGUUGAGUUGAUGGAGAGGUAUCCAGAGCAUAGGUUCACUUGCAGUCAAGCGCAACAGUAUAAAUGGCUGGAGCAAUAUUAUCCACCAUUGUACCAGAAAGUCAAAGAGAAGGUUAAGAGCGGACAAUUCCAUCCUAUCGGUGGUAGUUGGGUCGAGCAUGAUACCAACAUGCCAAGCGGAGAGAGUUUAGUUCGACAAUUUUUACUCGGACAACGGUUCUUUGAAAGCCAUUUCGGUAGCCGGUGCGAGACUUUUUGGUUACCAGAUACCUUCGGCUACUCUGCCCAGAUCCCCCAGCUUUGUAGACUUGCGGGGAUGAGUCGAUUUUUUACGCAGAAGCUGAGCUGGAACAAUAUCAACGAGUUCCCGCAUACUACUUUCAAUUGGGUUUCAUUAGAUGGGACGCAGGUUUUGUGCCAUAUGCCGCCUAGCGAGACCUACACAGCUGAUGCGCACUUUGGAGAUGUCAAGAGGAGUAUGUCACAACAUAAGAGUUUGGAUCAGGAUAAUACCAGUUUACUGGUCUUCGGGAAGGGUGAUGGUGGCGGUGGACCCACUUCUGAGAUGUUAGAGAAGUUGAGGAGGUUGAGAGGGAUGUCUGAUACUAUUGGAUUGCUUCCACGCGUCCACAUGGGCGGUUCCGUCGAUGACUUCUUCAGGGCUCUUGAAAAGAAGGUUUCUGAGGGUACCAAUUUUGUCACCUGGUAUGGUGAACUUUACUUCGAGCUUCACCGCGGUACAUAUACAACGCAAUCUAAGACGAAAUGGCAUGUUCGUAAGGGAGAAUUCCUGCUCCACGAUAUCGAAUAUGUUGCUACUCAUGCCAGUCUUGCGAAUAGGGAUUACAAAUAUCCAAAACAAGAAAUCGAUGACUUGUGGGAGAAUAUGUGUCUGUCACAUUUCCACGAUUGCUUGCCUGGUAGCUCUAUCGAGAUGGUGUAUCAAGACGCAGAUAAGAUGUUUGAUGUUUUCUUUAGUAAAGGCAAGAAGUUGCUCAAAGACGGGCUUAAGGCUUUGGGAGUUUCCGAGGACGAAGAGCAGGGCUGCCGGCCGGUUUCCAUCAAUACCCAUGGAUGGGAGAGAGGAGAGAUUGCGGCGAUUGGCGAAAAAUUGACCUUCGUGCAGCAUGAUGGAUUUGGGGCAGGAAAGGUUGUUGCGAAUGAGGAGCCCAAGGUUUCCGUGAAAGAAAUUGAGACUGGAGUAUUUGAGAUGAAGAACCAAAGGUUUAAGAUCAUCAUCACAGAUGGGUUGAUUACUAGCCUUUAUGAUACCAGGGUUGGUAGGGAGUUGAUCCCCGCUGGAAGAAAAGCGAACCAAUACGUUAUCUUUGAUGAUAAGCCGUUGUAUUGGCAAGCUUGGGAUGUGGAAGUCUACCAUCUUGACCAACGCAGGGAGCUCACGCCAGACAAGGUUACGAUCUUGGAGAACAGUACCAAUAGAGUUUCCCUACUCAUUGAAACUAAGAUUAGCGAUUUCAGUUGGCUCAAGUCUACGCUCUCUCUUGAUGCGGAUAUCCUUGCGGGUGCCAGCGUUGAGGACGCGUUGAGUUUGAUUAGGGUUGAGUGUGAGGUUGAAUGGCAUGAGACGAUGAAGUUUUUGAAGGUUGAGUUCCCGGUUGAUAUCAAGAACACUGAGGCGUCUUAUGAGUGUCAGUACGGUAUCGUCCGUCGGCCAACUCACUACAAUACAUCAUGGGAUAUGGCGAGAUUUGAGGUCUGUUGCCAUAAGUGGGCUGACUUGAGCGAAUAUAACUAUGGAGUUGCGAUUUUGAAUGAUUGCAAGUACGGAUUCGCAGUUUCAGGAAAUACCAUGAGGCUCAGUUUGAUCCGUGCGCCAAAGGCUCCUGAUGCACAUGCGGAUAUGGGAACCCAUAAGAUUCGAUAUGCGAUUGCACCCCAUGAGGGACCAUUGGAUCACCGCGUGAUUCGUGCAGGAUAUGAUCUCAACAAUCCGGUUAUUGUGGGCUUUACCAAGUCAGAACAAGUUGCGGCCAAGGGCGUUUGGUUGACGGGAGACAAGGGGGUUAUAUUGGAUCAUGUCAAACGUGGAGAGGAUGACGAAGAAUUCGAGAAUACUAUUGUCAAAAGAAAGGGGAGGAGUGUGGUUGUUAGAUUGUUUGAUAGUUUGGGAGGUAAGAGCAAAGUUGGGAUUAACAGCUCGUGGGAGGUUAAGAAGGUUACGAAGUGCAACCUGUUGGAAGAUGAUGAGGAGGAAAUUGAGGUUGCGAAGAAGGAUGGGGUUUGGACUGCAGAAGUUUGGGUCAGGGCUUUUGAAGUUGGGACUUAUAGGCUCUGGUUGUAA